UGAUGGGGAAGCAGCAGACAUGUUGUGGAGGUGGUCAGUUCGGUUUUGCCUGUUAGUUGUUUGGACGAAUCAUAUAUCAACACUACCCUUAGACAGCACACCCGACAAUGUUCCAACCAAUCACAACCUCACAUCCCGGGCGGCGCGACAAGCAGGCCCUGACAAGGAGUGCUGCCCGUGCCCCGGCAGUCAGCGGGCUGCUGACAGCGCGGGCAGUCAGCGGGCUGCUGACAGUGAAGGCAGUGCCUCCAUGCUGAUGCCGUCAGCCAGGAGUGCCGGCUGCAACUGUCAGAGAGACGCGGAGGGCGCCGCCAGCUCGCUCUUCGAUAUUCCUAGCCAAAUGAUUGGGGCUUUUGUGAGACCCAACGACCAAAAGGAAGAUCCGAAGCCGUUGCUGCACCCUGAAGUUGGACUCGCAAACAACUUCCUGGAAACUCUUCGCGAGGCCACAGACGAGGAGUACCGGGAUGCAGUCGCCCGUGACGCCGCCAGAGCCGCUGACACCGACGCCAUGAUCGACCCCCAGCAGGAGGCCUCCAGGAACAUCGUCACCAUCAUACUCAAACCACCACUUCAACCAGAAGACGACGAAGACGUCCUAGCGUCAGGUACGCAUAUCCAAGAAUCUAGGUGCAUUCAUUCUCCGUUAGGUAACGAAAGAAGUGCUUUCGAAUCUCCACAAAUAUUGAUGCCGUCUUUACUCACCGAAAUCAUGCACAUUCCUGGAAUCCAAAGGAUGAAUAAAAGGCGUAAUAACUUGUUGCAUCUAGAUAAUGGUGGAUCUGCCAGUAAUGUGGCGGAAAAUAUAGUAGAGAGCCCCAAGGAAGGUAAAAGCAUGGCUUUUCCAAAAGGAAAACUGUCUAGCGUUAAUUCAGGUCAAGAUGAUCCAGACACAGCUAGUAGCAUGAGGAGUGAUUCUCAACCUGUUCAAGAUAAAGUAAUAAAAACAGACAAAAUAAGAAAAAUUCCAGAUUUUAACGUGAAAUCAGCGAUUAAUGAUAUUAACGACCGCAUAAAACGUCUGAAUGCAAAACUUAAAAAACCACACGUUUCAAAUUUAACUAUGAAAGAUAGAAAUAUUGAUACCACUUCACUACGGUCAAAUGACGCAAAUAUUGAUAACUGUCCGGCGCCAAGUAAUGUUCAAGGAAAUGAAUUAGGAAGAAGUACGGAUGGUUCUUCAGCUACAGAUUCUCAGGCUACAUCACGCUCCUUAUUAAUUCCAAAUAAUGAUGUAAAGAAUAUACUUACAUCAAAUAUAUUCAAGUUAAAGGACGUUGAAUUAGUACCAACUAACAAAAAUACUGAUGUAAAAAUGACAAUUCCGAAUUUGAAACUGCCUUCAAUUGACGAUUUAAUUACCCAAUCCAAGGCGAAUACUCCCGAGCCAUUUAAAAUUCCUACACUUAGUGAUUUAUUCCGAAACUCUAUUUUAAACCCAGAAAAGAAAAUAGAUACCGAAGUUAUUCCUCCGGAAAAUACAGGCGUAGCAAGUACAACAGAUAUUGAUUCUAGUGAAAAAAUGCAUUCAGUACAAACCGAGAUACUUGAUUCAGUACCUAAAACUACGGAUAGUAUUAUAGCUGCUUCAAAUAAUAAUGCAGACUUAAGGAGCCAAUCUGCAGUAUCUUGCGAUCCUGUUAACAUUGCUGAAACCAAAGCCUCUGAAAUUAAUGUCAUACCUGAGACAAACAUAAUAGAAUCUUUGCCUAUAGAUCCACAACCUGAUAGUGGUACAAGUAGAAAUAAUAACAUAGAGGAAAACGAUAACUCAGACGAGGCUGAAGAUAAUUCAGAAACGGUUUCAGAUGGGUUAAGAAAUGAGAUUCAAGUUGCAAAUAAACCAAAUGACCCCAUAAACAUUGCUGAAACCAAAGACUCUAAAAAUUCCGUAGAAAAUGUAACAAAAAAGUCUACUUUACGAGCAAAAUUGGGAAAAUUAAGUAAACCAACCUCUUCACUACUAGAAAAAUUAAAGAAAGAUUUAAGUCCAAAAAUAAAUAAUCUUAAAACACAGCCUGUACCUAAUGUAGGUGACUCACUUGUAGAUGCUAGUAACCAUAAAGAAACUAGAAAUGAAGUCGCAGAUAUGGCAGGAAAUCCAGAAACUGAAAGUCGGAAUUCAGAAGUUAUUGAAGAUGGUGAUCAGGAUUUGUCAGAAAGUCAAAGUGAAGAAGAUGAAAAUAACACAAUCAGCAUAAUACAAACUGAUAACGACAUUAAUGAAAAGGAAAACGAGGUAAAUUCAUGCCCUAGUGGAUUUGUUAAAGAGUCAACUGGUGAAAAUGUAAAUGAGAUGUCAGUGGGAGCUAGUAGUCCAAUUAUUAGUUCAUCCUUACCUGACAGGCAAACAUCAUUGUUAGGUUCCCUGUUGAAACAGGAAAAUGUAAUUGUCGAACCUAAUUCACUUAUUGAUGGAGUUAGCAAUACGAUUUUACCUUCACUACCUGCACUGAAUGUCAACUCAGUACCAACAUUUGAAAAUUUAAGAGAGCAACUAGCAAACUUAUUUGGAAAUCUAAAUUUAAGCGGUCAAGAUGAAGAAAGCACCUUAAGGUCCUCUGAAGAUGUUUCAGACGAAGAUUCAGAGUCAGAGCCAUCAAUGGCAUCAGAAGCAAGUGAUCCUAUUUCUCAAAUAACAGGAUCCAGCUUUCAGCCGUUUAAAGAAAUUAACUUGAACCUAUUCAAAUUAAGUCCGGUGAACCUGGCUACUCCAUUGACUCUUCCAAGGCUUUCAAAUGCUGGUCUAAAUUUCGACUCCGUAAAAGCAAGGGUCAAAGUUCCAAAUUUGCAAUGGAAACCAUUAAAACUUGAAUCAACUUUUGGGCGAAGAGAUGGACUUUUAGGAGCUAGUUUAAGUUUAGAACCUUUUAAUAAAAAUAUACAAAGUCUUCUACCCAAGCCAACUAUACCCAGUUUGGAUGAAAUGACUUCAUCAUUGGUGGCUCGGGCUGAGGAUUUACUAAAAACACAGCCAAAAUUAACACUUGAUGCAAAUUCUUUGCGCAACACUGAGCCCCUGAUUCAUCUCGACACCCUCCGAGACAGCUUACACAGCAACGCAGCGAAUGCUAUGAACUCCUUACAGCAGACAUUAGAAUCUUCACUAGAUGAAGCCAAAGUACGAGCUGAUGACAAGCCAUGUCAAGUUCGCGAGAUACAGAACCAGUCGGUGGUGUGUGUGUGUACUGAGGACUACUGCGAUAGCAUCUCCACCAGCCGGCCUCAGCAUGGGACCUACCACAUUUAUAGAUCUUCUCAGGUAGUUUUCGACUAA